AGAAAUAAUUGAUAGCAACCCCCAACGCUUUGGGCGGUUAUUCCCAGAGUCUGGUUUUUCCUCUUUCUUCGUUUUCUCCGCCCUCCACUCCUAACUCUUCCCUUUCUUCCCCUCCUUAUAUUCUUCCAUUUCCAAUUUUCUCUAUUCAAUCUAAUCUGCACCACUCUCUCUCUCUCUACUUCGGCUGCUGUGCUGUGCUGUGCUGUUGUAUACAGCCAGCUUCUGUCAUUCUAUUGCCCUUGAAGACGAAGAAGAAGAAGUGCAAUGGCUUCGUCUUUCUCUUUGGCCAAAUUCGUGCACACUCCUCUCCACUCCACCAGAUCUGCUGAAAAACCCCUCUUCUCCGAUCCCCUUAGACCCGCCUCCUCCUUUCUCGGAGGCUCAUCUUCCCACAAGCUUCCACUCCUCAACAACCUCUCUGCAUCUCCUCACUCCCACCGCAGAUCCACCCGUAUCCUCGCCGUCUCCGAUGUUGUCAAGGAAAAGAAGCUCAAAUCCUCUGCCUCCAAUCUGCUAAUUACCAAACAGGAAGGUUUGGUGUUGUACGAGGAUAUGGUUCUGGGGAGGUCAUUUGAGGAUAUGUGUGCCCAGAUGUACUACAGAGGCAAAAUGUUUGGUUUUGUGCACUUGUACAAUGGCCAGGAAGCAGUUUCUACUGGCUUCAUCAAACUCCUCAAGAAGGAAGACAGUGUGGUUAGCACUUACCGUGAUCAUGUCCAUGCAUUGAGCAAGGGCGUGUCAGCUCGUGAAGUGAUGAGUGAACUCUUUGGUAAGACCACUGGUUGUUGCAGAGGCCAGGGUGGCUCUAUGCACAUGUUUUCUAAAGAGCACAAUGUGCUUGGUGGUUUUGCUUUCAUUGGCGAGGGCAUUCCGGUGGCUACUGGUGCUGCCUUCUCUUCUAAGUAUAGGAGGGAGGUUUACAAGGAAGAUUGUGAUGACGUGACGCUUGCUUUUUUCGGGGAUGGGACUUGCAAUAAUGGCCAAUUCUAUGAGUGCUUGAACAUGGCUGCAUUGUGGAAAUUGCCUAUUGUGUUUGUUGUUGAGAAUAAUCUUUGGGCCAUUGGUAUGUCCCACUUGAGGGCUACUUCUGACCCUGAAAUUUGGAAAAAGGGUCCUGCCUUUGGUAUGCCCGGUGUACAUGUUGAUGGAAUGGAUGUGUUGAAGGUUCGGGAAGUAGCUAAGGAGGCUAUUGGCAGAGCUAGGCGAGGGGAAGGCCCGACUUUGGUUGAAUGCGAGACUUACAGGUUCAGAGGACACUCUUUGGCCGAUCCAGAUGAGCUUCGUGACCCUUCUGAGAAGAGUCACUAUGCAGCUCGUGAUCCCAUCACUGCAUUGAAAAAGUACUUAUUCGAUAACAAUCUUGCAACUGAAGAGGAAUUGAAGGCUAUUGAUAAAAAAAUUGACGAGAUAGUUGAAGACUGUGUUGAGUUUGCUGAUGAAAGCCCUGUUCCUGCUCGAACCCAGCUUCUAGAAAACGUAUUUGCUGAUCCAAGGGGCUUUGGAAUUGGACCCGAUGGGAGGUACCGAUGUGAGGAUCCUAAGUUCACCGAGGGCACUGCACAAGUUUAACUCUGGCCGCCGGUCUAGAUAACAUUCCCUUGGGUUGUUGAGUGCGAAUUUAUAUCUAGUUACUGAUAAUAACUUCAUAUGCAUUAUUCUCUUUAUAUCAGAAGAAUUUAUUGUCUUAUGUAUUGUGAGUUAUUAUUAUUAUUAUUUUUCCUUGUGCACAUUUUGUUUACUUACA